UCUAACUCCACUUCACCUUUUCUUGUUCUUGAUGAGUAGAGGCUCCCCGUCUCGGCCGUCCUGCCGGUUGAGGCCGGCAGAGUGAUGAGUGAACGGAGUCAUGCUUGUGAGAUUAGGCUUUGUCGUUGUAGCCUCUGUCGCAGCUUUAACUCUUCAGAGAGCUAACAAUGGGGGCAGGCACAACAAGGACAAUGACCAAGCAAGGAAAAGGGAGGAUAAGGCUCGCAAUUCUGAACAUGGGGAGAGAGAAGAAGAGGAUGGGGAGAAAGAAGAGGAGGAAGAGGUCAAAACAAUCAGUGGCAUAAUUAACUCAGCCCGUUCACUAGACGAUGACGAUGAUGAUAUGCUUUCCGAGAUCGAGAGCCUCCUGUCAGGAGACAUUGACAUCCCUAUACCACGUGAUCGGUUUGAUGUCAAUGGACGGCCACGGUACAAUGCUUACAUGGCUAACGAGGCCUCUGAGAUAGAGAGACUGCGCAGCCUGGUGAGAGAGAUGGAAGAAAGGGAGGCAAAGCUUGAGGGCGAGCUUGCUUACAUGGCUAACGAGGCCUCUGAGAUAGAGAGACUGCGCAGCCUGGUGAGAGAGAUGGAAGAGAGGGAGGCAAAGCUUGAGGGCGAGCUUGCUUACAUGGCUAACAAGGCCUCUGAGAUAGAGAGACUGCGCAGCCUGGUGAGGGAGAUGGAAGAGAGGGAGGCAAAGCUUGAGGGCCAGCUUGCUUACAUGGCUAAUGAGGCCUCUGAGAUAGAGAGGCUGCGCAGCCUGGUGAUGGAGAUGGAAGAGAGGGAGGCAAAGCUUGAGGGCGAGCUUUCUUACAUGGCUAACGUGGCCUCUGAGAUAGAGAGACUGCGCAGCCUGGUGAGGGAGAUGGAAGAGAGGGAGGCGAAGCUUGAGGGCGAGCUGCUGGAGUACUAUGGAAUGAAGGAAAUGGAGACUGAUGUCACUGAGCUGCAAAAGCAGCUCAAGAUCAAGGCAGUGGAGAUCAACAUGCUCAACGACACCAUAAACUCACUGCAGGAGGAGCGGAAGAAACUGCAAGAUGACGUUGCACGUGGAGAAGUUGCCAAGAAAGAGCUCGAAGUGGCUAGGAGCAAGAUAAAGGAGCUGCAGCGGCAGAUACAGCUGGAAGCAGGCCAGACAAAAGGUCAGCUGAUGCUGCUGAAACAGCAGGUCAUCGGAUUGAAGGCCAAGGAGGAAGAGGCGGCAAAAAAGGAAGUCGAGGUUGAGCGGAAGCUGAAGAAGCUCAAGGAGUUCGAAGUGGAGGUACUUGAGCUAAGAAGGAAGAACAAGGAGUUGUUGUACGAGAAGAGAGAUCUCAUUGUGAAGUUGGAUGCAGCUGAAGGGAAAAUAACUGAGAGUGAUGUAGUUGCCAAUGCAAGGGAAGAGAUAAACAAGCUGAGGCAUACAAAUGAGGACCUCACAAAGCAAGUGGAAGGCCUACAGAUGAACAGGUUCAGUGAAGUAGAGGAGUUGGUAUACCUGCGCUGGGUCAAUGCCUGUCUGAGAUUCGAACUCCGCAACUAUCAGACUCCAUCAGGGAAGGUGUCUGCACGUGAUCUUAACAGGACACUGAGCCCCAAAUCACAGGAGAGGGCUAAACAACUGAUGUUGGAGUAUGCAGGAUCUGAACGGGGUCACGGUGACACAGACCUUGAGAGUGUUUCUUCAAUGCCUUCUUCACCUGGAAGCGAAGACUUUGACAACAUUUCAAUUGACAGUUCUUCCAGCAGAUACAGUUUCCUAAGCAAAAGGUCCAAUCUGAUGCAAAAAAUCAAAAAGUGGGGAAGGAGCAAGGAUGACAGCAGUGGUUUAGCCUCCCCAAUCAGUGGUUCUCCACUGAGGAAACCAAAGGGCCCCCUCGAAGCUCUCAUGCUAAAAAAUGCUGGAGAUGGUACAGCCAUAACAACAUAUGGAAAGAGGGAUCCCAAUGAUGUCUUGGACGAUGAAAAUGUUGCGUCCUCAUUCCAACUGAUGUCCAAGACAGUCGAAGGUUUUGCUGAUGAGAAGUAUCCCGCUUACAAAGAUAGGCACAAACUUGCAACUGAACGGGAGAAGGUGAUAAAAGAGAAGGCUGGGCAAGCAAGAGCACAAAGGUUUGGUGGUGGACACAGUUCAGCUCUUAUUUCCUCUCCUAAAGGUGCACUCCCUCCGAAACUUGCUCAAAUUAAGGAGAGAUCCCCUGCAGCUAAUGCUGAAUCCAGUGAGCAAUCCAGUGACAACCAAAACAACACCCUGGUGGUGAGCCAGAUGAAGCUUGCCAACAUUGAGAAGAGAGCAACAAGAGUUCCCAGACCACCUCCCCCUCGAUCAACCACUGCUUCAGGGGCUACUAAUACUGCAAGUGGAGCACAAACGCCACGUGCACCAGGUGCACCUCCUCCUCCUCCUCCACCUCCAGGGAAAGCUGGUGGCCCACCACCACCGCCGCCACCUCCAGGUGCUCUACCAAGGAACCUUGGUGGGGGUGACAAGGUACACCGUGCACCGGAGAUUGUGGAGUUCUAUCAAAGUCUCAUGAAGCGUGAAGCAAAAAGAGAGACAUCUUUAGGAUCAAUGUCAUCCAAUGUUUCUGAUGCCAGGAGUAACAUGAUUGGAGAGAUUGAGAACAGAUCAACCUUUCUCUUAGCUGUAAAAGCUGAUGUGGAGACACAAGGAGAAUUUGUUGAGUCUCUAGCAAAUGAGGUCCGAGCAGCAAGCUUUGUAAAUAUUGAUGAUGUUGUUGCAUUUGUAAAUUGGUUGGAUGAGGAGUUAUCUUUCUUGGUUGAUGAGCGAGCAGUGCUAAAGCAUUUUGAUUGGCCAGAGAGCAAAACAGAUGCAAUAAGAGAAGCAGCUUUUGAGUACCACGAUCUGAUGAAGUUACAGAGCAAGGUUUCAUCCUUUACCGAUGAUCCACAACUUGCAUGUGAAGAAGCUCUCAAGAAGAUGUAUUCUUUGCUUGAAAAAGUGGAGCAGAGUGUCUAUGCACUACUCCGUACAAGAGACAUGACCGUCUCACGCUACAAGGAGUAUGGGAUCCCAUUUGACUGGCUGUCUGAUUCUGGAGUAGUUGGCAAGAUCAAAUUGGCAUCUGUUCAGCUUGCAAACAAGUAUAUGAAGAGGGUUGCCUCAGAACUUGACGCAUUGGAAGGCACUGAGAAAGAGCCCAAUAGAGAGUUUUUGCUUCUCCAGGGUGUGAGGUUUGCUUUCCGGGUUCAUCAGUUUGCUGGGGGCUUUGAUGCAGAAAGCAUGAAAGCUUUUGAAGAGCUAAGAAGCAAAAUGACCACACAGUCAUCUGCUCCACAGAUAUCUGAAGGCUGAAGCAUAAGUUGAACACAGGAUUCAGCAUACAUCUGCUCUUACUUGCUGGAGACUGAUUUUUGGUUGUGUAGCUAAAGUGUACAAAAGAGAAGUUUAAAUUCCGGUGUUGUGUCAAGCAAGUUGUAUAUGCUAAGAGAAUGUACAAGUUAUCAGGUUCUGUGCAUACAUAUAACAGUUUUGCAUAGUUAUGUAGCUUAAGUUAUCAGCAAGUUGUAUAUGUUAUACCUAUACCUUUUCUUUUUUAAAGGCUGUAACUGUAAACAGGCAGUUCCAGAAAAUGAAGCACAUUAGAUGCAUAGUUUUGCAACUGCUUC